UCAAGCUCCCAAAGACUUUGUUGCCCGUGGAUUCAAAAAAGAGGAUGUACGAGCUGAGGCACACAUCGUGGAAGGAUGGUGAAGUGAACUAUAAUGGAGGGUGGAAAGCCAUAUACCGAGCGGAUAUGUUGAAAAUAGUUUUCGUUUUUAAUUUUAUCAAAUUUGACUGUACUCAUCUUUGUGGAGCACUAAAGUUCAAUUUCUCGGUGCGAAAAAUGGUUAAUCGUCCAGCAUUCUUCAAGUUUUACGUGCCUUGGCUUGGUGAAGAAAAUCAGAAAAUCCCUCCAAGGUUUAUUCAAUCUCUUCCUGGAAACUGGCCGAUGAAUUUGUCACUUCGAGACCGUUAUAACAAUUUGUGGAAUGUGAAAGUGGAAAUGAUUGGCGGUGAUUGGUACUUUAAAGAUGGUUGGGCAAAAUUUGGUGAUGAUAAUAAGAUAAAAGGAGGGGAUAUGUUUAUCUAUGAGUAUUUCUCUCAUGGUUUACUUGACUUCAAAAUUCAUGGAGGCAAUGGUUGCUUAACUGAAGGUGCUGGAGGUCGGAUUACUCAUACACCUGAAUAUAGUCCUAUCGGUGAAGGACACGCACAUGAGAAUUACGAAGAUAAUGACGAUCAUGAUUCCCCGCCUAUGCCGCUGCCUGUGCCGCCUGUGCAGGUACAAGUACCCCCGCCCGAAGAAGAGAAUUCAAGGGAUGAUCAUAUUCAAGGGGAGCGAGUCACGGAUGGUGCGGCCAGUUCUACCAUAACAACCAGUCGCCACGACUGGUAUGGUGCAGAGCUCAUGAAAACCGGGUUCAUUCCACCGCCCCAGAAUCCUUAUUUCGUGACCAAAAAACGAAGAGGCAGAGCUUAUGAACUAUAUAUACCUGUGGAUGUGAUCAAACGCUUCAACCUGAGACUCCCUGAGAACGUGACGCUCAUCGACCCAAAUGGAAGGCAGUUUCAAGCCAAGCGCAAGAUGUGGGCGGACCGAAGGAUGUUCUACUCCGGAGGCUGGAAAAUCCUUUGUAUACAGAACAUGGUGGAAGACAACGACUCGUGCAUCUGCGAGUUCUUGUAUAACGCCGACGAUCUAUGCAUCAGCGUAAGCUUCUUUCCCCCAAAAUAGCAGCAAUGCUAGAAUGGAGUGGAUUAGAUUCGUAUUGAGGAGUUCACAUCUGUUUUAUAAUUUCAAUUAUCAAUAUGCACAUUGGAUGGAUUUACUGAACUAGUGAUUUAUCAGUGUAUAGUAAAUGCAUCUUAACAGAUAAAAACCAUAUAGUAUUAAUAAGAGAU